GUGGGACCAACGGAGAGUAGUUUUUGUUCGCGUCAUUGAUAUGCUAUUACCCGAGCAGAUGAGAUCAAAAUAAAUAGUCAUCUGGCACUGAAUCAUCUCGAGCAAUUGACACCUUUAUGCGAAUACUACUAUAAAAGACCAAGUUAUGAUAUUCUCGAACCACAAUCAGCUGAAACCUGGACUGACAACCAAAAGAAGAAACAUUAGAAACGAUCAAAAGAGAUCUCAGAAACGAAGAUGAUGAGUCGCAAAUAUAACAUCGUGAUGCUUGGCGCUGGAGGUGUGGGCAAAUCGGCACUAGUGCGCCAAUUUCUCUACGGCAAAUGGCAUCAACAGUACAAACCUACCGUGGAACAAUACUACAGGCACCUUAUGCGCUUUACACCGAAAAUUUGCCAUCCCAUCGAGAUUUUGGACACAGCUGGCAACUACCAAUUUCCAGCUAUGCGAGAACUUGCUAUUCGUUCAGGACUUGCAUUUAUGGUCGUAUUUGCUGUCGACGAUGAAGACUCCCUCAAAACAGCAAUCAGACUUCGCAAUGAGAUCGUCGAUAUAAAAGGCGAUCAAGAGGUUCCGGUUGUACUCGUUGGAAAUAAAGCUGAUGUUCCAGAGAGAAAGGUUAGCGCUGUAUCUGCCAAGAGAUGCGCUCGAUUACAUUUCAAUCAUAAUUACAUCGAGACGAGUGCCAAAUACAAUAUCAAUAUAGAGGAGCUUUUCACUGACAUUUCUAAAGAACAAUUGAACAUUGAAAUCCCUGCAAAGGCCAUGAAGGGGGUUGGGAAGGAACGCAACGUCAAGACAAUAUUUCAAAGGAUCUUAAAACGAAACGCUAUCCACAAGAACAAUGAAGAUAAACAAUUGAAGACUUUAAGUCGCCGUUGUAGCUCGGAAUCUAGCAAUACAUUUCCCUCGCAGCCGACAAAAUCAGACGGGCUAUUCAUGAGACUCUCGAGAACAAUGCUCUCGUCUUUCGGCAUUCUAAAGCGGCGAAAACCACGUCAAAUCGAACAGGAGACUGGCAACGAUAGCUUAAGUGCCCAUGGAUCAUCUGAAAUGCACAUGGGCAGAAGUGAAGAUACAUUAGCGAGUGUCGAUGACACUCGAAUAAAAUACGAACUGGUCGUACCAAAAGCAAAUGUUACAAGAUCGCAGUCCAUCCCUAAAAGCACAAGGUACUUCGAAGACUCUCCGUUUUUGGUCCAGCAAUCAUUCAAUGACAUUAAUCAGCCUUCCGUUCGGUCAAUGCUCACUGACGCUGAUCAAAAGCGAGUUAGAUGUUACAACUUACCUAGGACGCAACCCACAUUUAGUGAAAUGUGGGAGUGUGCAGAAGUACAGUUUGCCGAUACAGAAAGGAAAUUGUGAUUUUGAAAAUGUGCAGUUUCUUUGAAAAUGUGCAGUUUCUCAGUAAUAUCAAAUAACGCACAAGGUAGACCAACAGUCUAUUUUAAGUAUGAUCUUCCAUUUUCGAUUGUUGAUGCAAAAGACAUGAAAAGUACCAUCAAAUAUAAGAUG